AUGUCGCUCGACCGUAGAGAUAGCGAUCCCCCAGACUCACCCUACGUCUCAGGUGACUCAUCGCCCUCACCCUCGAUGCCUCAAAGCCCUGGAGAAGAAGAGAGGGAAGAGAAAGAAGGCGUUCAUUUCACGCCAAAGCGCGCCAUGGCCUCGUUUGAGAAUCUUGUUGCGAUGGCGAACCACCAGGAGAGGCUGAGGGAGGCUAGGAAGAUGGUAUGGAGGGAUAAAGGCCAGCCGGUCGUCGCUGUUGAGACGUUGGAGGCGUGUCUUGAGCAUGCGCUUACUGGCGGACUUCGGUCCGCGACACUGGCAUUCAAUAUGCGAGCGUGUUUGAACUUGGUGCUGGCUCUUCUUCGAAUACACCGAGUACCAAGAGAUCACCGUUUCGCUAUGAUACGGCACGCCGUUUUCGGUUCUGAUACAUGGAGAUUCGCAGCCAUGCUUGGGACAUUCGCAUCUAUUUACAAAUUCCUCCUGAAUGCCCUUCCUAUCCUCAUCCCCUCCAUGAACCUCGGCCAGUCUGCGAUAGAGGACGAAGAUCUCGAAGAAGGUUCUACCCUCGAAGUUCCACUCCAGAAGAGGAAAGCUCGACUUUCCUUGAGCGCACGCGCACAAAUGCAAAUGUCGUUGAUUCGAAAGAGGACGAGGAGGUGGCAUGCUGCUUUGGCAGGGGGUAUUGCAGGGGGUUUGGCUAUUAUAUGGGAGAAGCAUAGCCGACGAGGGAUUAUUGGACAACAGAUGUUUGUUCGCGGAUUGCAAGGAUCGUAUAACGCGUAUACUACAAGCCGUAAUAUCCGCGUUCCGAAUGGUGAUGUACUGGUGUUCGCACUCGCCUGUGGUCAGAUUCUUUAUGGCUUCCUGCUCAGACCAGAUACCCUUCCUAGAUCAUACACAACCUGGAUAGGACAAGCCGCCAAAGUUCCAGCAGAAUGUGUUCGAAUGAACCAUGACCUUGUUCGCGACGGAGUAUUCGACCUCGUAGACCUAGACAAACUUGCACAACGAGACGACAUAACACGAUUCAACAAAUCCGACCUCCUCUCCCUCCGCUCCCAAUUCGUCAACAUCGUCCCAGGCGCUUCAGACACGCAAUACUUCCCACAUUACGCCCCCUGCUCUGCCGUCCACCCCGCGCUCUCCUCAUGCGCUUCGGUGCCCCUCGAUCGGUUCUUUGCCGUGUUUAAGUGGAUGUUACCCAUUUACGGUGCCCUGCACUUUGUACCAGCAGUGUUGUUCAAACGCAAAGCGUUCGCUGAGGAUCCGGGAAAGGUGCUCGUUAGAGCGGGGAUGGGGAGUCUACGCAGCUCGGCAUUCUUGGGCGUGUUUGUUGUGAUUUAUCAAACAAUAUACUGCUACAAACACAAACUCCACAAACUCCUCACCCUCCUCCGCACGGGCGCCCUCCCCUCCAACAUCCUCACAGCCCCACUCACCCGCACCCCCCAAUGGCUCAUCGACCUCCUCAUCUCCAAGGCGUCUUUCUGGCUCCCUGGGUUCGCGGCUGGUUUGUCGUUGUUCGUAGAGGAGAAAAGGAGGAGGGGCGAGUUGGCGAUGUACGUCCUCCCGAAAGGGCUGGAGAGCAUUUGGGUUAUGGCGCGUGGGAAGGGGUGGGUGUUUAAGACGGGACGAUGGGGAGAGGUGUUGUUGACUUCGUUAGGGAUGGCGAUGGUUAUGAGCACGUAUCAGAACGAUCCACAGCAUCUCUCGGGCUUUGUUAGGCGCAUUAUGUAUCAGUUUAUUGGUCCGAAUUGA